AUGUCCGAAAUGCCGUCAGAAAAUGGCGGAACGGUCAUCACGAUCGACAAUUUCGCGACAUCGAUGUCUCCAUUCUCUACCAGCUCCUCGAAUCAGCUGUACGGACUCGUAGACAUGGGCAGUAACGGUAUCCGCUUCUCCAUAUCAGAUCUCACCAUCCCCCGCCUCCUGCACUGCAUCUAUCGCUCGCGAGCCCCUAUCUCCCUCUACGACGCCCUGCACUCCUCCUCUCCGAACUCCAAACCCUUCCACUUCUCCCCAUCCACAAUAUCCCUUGUAUCCGACACCCUCAGCCGCUUCUCCUCCAUCUGCGACGCGUACUCCGUGCCCCGGCACAACAUCAGCGUCUUCGCCACAGAAGCCAUGCGCACGGCGCAUAAUCGGGACGAGAUGCUUGCGGCGAUUGAGAAGAGUAGUGGAUUGAAGGUUAAUAUCUUGAGUCCUGGUAUGGAGAGUCUGUUUGGGGCGAUGGGUGCGAGGAGUGGAUUUACCGGCGUGGAGGGACUGUUUAUGGAUUUGGGGGGUGGGAGUGUGCAAAUGACUUAUGUGGAUUCGGGGAAGGGGGAGGAGGGGGGUGGGUAUGAUGUUUUGGCUGCGGGUGCGGCGAUGAGUUUGCCGUUUGGGGCGGCGAAGUUGACGUUGGCGUUGAGUACAGAAAGUACUGCCCAUUCAACAAAAACCGAGUUAAGAACCCGGAUGAAGGAGACGUAUGACGAGUUGAUCUCAAAGUUUCCAAAUCUCAAACGACAAUCAGAGAGUAAAGAGGGCAUCACCAUAUAUUUCUGUGGUGGAGGAUUUCGAGGAUAUGGAAGCAUGCUGAUGCAUACCGAUCCAAUACAGCCAUACCCCAUACCUGCUAUUGGUGGUUAUACUGUACCUGGGAGCCGGUUCAUCAAAUGGCAAGAAAUGCUGCAUGUUAACAACUAUGAAGAGGGCAAGAUCUUUGGAAUGUCCAAACGAAGGAGAGAACAAUUCCCAGCUAUUGUAUCCGUCGUCCAAUCCCUCGUUGAAGCAAUCCCGAAGAUCAAGCAAGUUGUCUUCUGCAGCGGGGGAAACAGAGAAGGGGUACUCUACAUGAAGCUUCCACCAGCUAUUAGGGAAUCCAACCCACUUGCACUUCUCCCAGGUCACGCUCCAAACCAAGACCCGAUUGUUCUAAAAAGUAUGGUUCAAAUAUUUCUGAUGGCCAUGCCAGAAGGAUAUCCAGCCAUUCUAUCACACGAGCUUCUACAUUUCGUUGCAAGGAAUACAUGGCAAUCGAUGGGUGACCCAGACGGAGCAAAUUCAGCUAAAGCAUUGCACAAUCCCAUCACUGGGAUCCUAGCCGGACUUCCUGGAAUGACGCACGAGAUUCGAGCAGUUAUCGCUCUCAUAAUGUCUGCUCGUUGGGGCAAUGAUCUAGGUCGUGUCGACCGAGGAGUCCACGAUAAUCUUCGGGCACUGGUUGGUCAUGAGACAGCUUGGUGGUGUGAUUACAUUGGCACACUGGCAAGCUUCUUGGCCACGAUUAUGCCUGCCUUACCAGUCAAUGAUAAAAUGUUGGAGGAAACUGUCAAGAUGCAAGCUUCGACUGCCAGUGGGCUAGGGAAGAAAAGCCAUCAUGUUGGAAUACGAUUGAAACUUUUUGUGUCUCAAAAAGCUCAACUUGGAAUUCAGAUUGGGGAUGUAGAGGGAAUGUUUCGGAAAGUGGGAAAGGGCAUGCCAUUGAAAUGGAAGGUGGAGGCCGAGGUUGAAUAUCUUUAG